CUAUAUAGCCUUUAAAAAGAAAACAGUCUGGCAACAUCAUUUUUAAACGUGCAUAAAAAACACAGCACGUUGUUUUGAAUUAUUUACCUGUUCUGAUAAGGUCCUGUAAUCUGGGCAGACAUGUCGACCAAUACCUAUUUCACAGAAUAUGAGAACUUGGAGAUCCAUGAGCUGAUGCUGAAAGAUCGUCCCCGGCAAGCCGCCUACUUCGAAGCUAUCCUGGGCAACAAGGAACUGUUCAAGGACAAGGUCGUGAUGGACGUAGGAGCCGGCACUGGCAUCCUGUCUGCGUUUUGCGCCAAGGCUGGAGCUCGUCUUGUCUACGCCAUAGAGGCUUCCAAUGUGGCGACCAAAGUAGCCCUGGAUCUCAUCCAGGAUAAUGGCUUAACAAAUGUUGUCAAGGUCAUUAAUUCGCGAGUUGAGGAAUUUGUGCUACCAACCACUGCUGAGAAGGUUGACAUCAUUGUAUCCGAAUGGAUGGGAUUCUACCUGUUGCAUGAGGGAAUGCUGGACUCUGUUCUUUACGCUAGGGACAACUUCCUCAAGGAGGACGGUCUGCUCUUUCCCAGCGAAUGCACCAUCUUCGUGGCACCCUGCUCCGUGCCGUCGCUCUAUGAUGAUUGGAACAAUGUGGACGGCAUCAACAUGGCCACAUUCGCCAGUAAAUUAAGAGCACAGAAGUCGUCCAAACCCUCGGUACUGUCUGUGGAGCCGAAGGAUCUACUUCACGAGGGCGUUGUUUUCCACUGGAUGAACCUGCUGGACGUGACGGUUGACGAACUGAACUGCAUUGAAUUCAAAGAUGUGGUGGCUCUACAGAAGAACGGCAACCAUCAAGGGUUCUGCAUUUGGUUUGAGGUGCGAUUUCCAGGCGACAACUCUGUUGUUCUGAGCACAUCGCCAGAAGCUCCGCAGACACAUUGGAAACAGGUUGUGCUGGUGCUUCCCGAGGAGAUCUGCGAAAAUAUGGAGGCGAGGGAGCCUGUUGCAUUCAAGAUCUGUAUGAAGCGCAGUGGGGACGAUGCACGGAAGUACAACCUGGAGGUUGACCAGCUUGAUCCGGAGACAGAGGAACACCCAGUGCCCUGCCCCUGCCAUAUGACCAAAUGCAUCUUGACGGAAGCCCACCUUAAAAUGAUGGACACCUCGUGAGUGCUGGGCAUUCGGGGACGAUUCAAGUUUAUAUAGGAAAUCAUUUUAUUUUAACACCUUUAAUACAAACACAUAUAUCUCAGUCAAACUUAA